UCAAAGUAAAGUGAAAGUUUCAUCAGGACUAGACACACCUGGAAAAGUAAAUCCACUGGACAGACAACCUUCUAGAAUCCACUUGAGAUCACACAUUAACAGACAAAAAAUAUUUUUCAGCAAUUUUCAAGUGACAGACUUCUUCUCUGUUCUGUAUUUUACUAUAUGGAGGAUCCCAAUUUGAAGAUCUCCAUGAUGCCAUCCACAUCCCCCACAGACUCCUCUAGGAGCAGCUGCACAGAGGAGACCCAGGGAGGUAAAAGUCCAGCUCCUGGUAAAAGUCUGAGUCAAGGCCUCCUAUGUAAGGUGUGUGCAGAUACUAGCAGUGGAAAACACUAUGGGAUCUAUGCCUGCAAUGGCUGCAGUGGCUUCUUCAAGCGCAGUGUGAGACGUAGAUUAAUCUACAGGUGCCAAGCUGGUACAGGUAUGUGUCCAGUAGAUAAAGCCCAUCGUAACCAGUGCCAGGCGUGUCGCCUAAAGAAAUGCCUUCAAGCUGGCAUGAACAAAGAUGCUGUUCAGAAUGAGAGGCAACCACGAAGCACAGCUCAGGUCAGGUUAGAUUCCUUGGACAUAGAUACAGAGAAGGAACACCUAGCCACCACCAGGGAGCCCACAUCUUCUUCGUCCUCUUGUUCUGUGAUAAGCAGACCUUUACUAGGCUCCUCCAUCAGUUCCAGCAUCAACUCCAGUGGACCCAGCCAGUGCAGCAGCAGUCCAAAGAACAGCCACCGCUUCAUGGCCAACCUGAUGACAGCUGAGACGUGCACCAAGCUCGAGCCUGAGGAUGUGGAUGAGAAUAUUGAUGUAACAAGUAAUGAGCCAGAGACAAGCUCUCCAGAGAGCAACACGACUCUCUAUCCCUAUUCUGGCCCUGAGAGCAUAUAUGAGACCUCCGCCCGUCUACUCUUCAUGUCUGUCAAAUGGGCAAAGAACUUGCCAGUCUUCUCCCACCUGCCAUUUCGCGACCAAGUGAUAUUGCUAGAGGAGGCAUGGAGUGAGCUAUUCCUUCUCUGUGCCAUCCAGUGGUCCUUGCCGCUGGAAAGUUGCCCCCUGCUUUCUCUACCCGAGCUGUCUCCUCCCUCACAGGGAAAAAGCAGCCCCUGUGCCUCUGACUUGCGCCUCCUACAGGAGCUCUUCAGCCGCUUCAAGGCUCUGCAAGUUGACCCUACAGAGUUUGCCUGCCUAAAAGCAAUAGUUCUCUUCAAGCCUGAGACAAGUGGCCUUAAAGACCCAGAGCAGGUUGAGAAUCUACAAGACCAAUCUCAAGUCAUGCUUGCUCAGCAUAUUCACACACUCUACUCCAGUCAAGCAGCAAGGUUUGGGAGGCUGCUGUUGCUCCUUCCCACGUUACACUUUGUAAGUUCAGAGAGGAUCGAAUUGCUCUUCUUCCACAGAACUAUUGGGAACACACCCAUGGAGAAGUUGCUCUGUGACAUGUUUAAGAACUGAAAAUCCCUUGAUCUGUGAGAUAGUAUCAUCCACACUGAAGCAUAAAUUGGGUGAUUUCUUUUACUGUAAUAAUAAGAUGACUGUCGAAACAAUUGCUUGGAAGAAUGCUAUACAUAUUCCUCAUUCAAGCCAGAAUUGGUCACGACCAUGACCAUUCAAGCUGCAACAGUUAGGCAGUUAUACCUGCAUGAUCUUGCAGAUUUAACAGCAACAUACACCAGCUUUGACCAGCAUAAAAUUCAUUUCAGUCUAAUCUAUUUUAAGUUUAUUUUUAAAUAUGUAUAUCAUAGUUUAUAGGUUUA